AUGGAUGACACACAUGGAGCGAUAGUCUUACAAAAUGUUGCGGUAGAACAUGUAAGGUCAACAGGCUGAAAACUAAUUGGAAGAUUUCCAACAGGGCCGAGAACUGACAGAGGAAGAACAAUGGCAACUCGAACAUGCCAAACUCCACGAGAAACACAAAGGACACGAUGCGAUGCACAUGGAGAUGAUGCUGAUUCUGAUCAUGACACUCGUCGUGGGCCAAGUAUUCUUGGUUCAGUGGAAAAGGCGUCAUUUCAAGUCCUAUCAGGUAGGGCUCUCUUUCUUCACAAUGUGCAGCUUUCUUUCAAAGAUGUGCACUUUGAUUGGUAUGUGGAUAGUUCCGGUGUACGUCUGUCUGGUGAGGAGUUGGUACAGGUUUCUGAUAACCUUGGCUGUGUACACGGUCAUGUCAUUCCUCGUUUGGCGGAAGUCCUCAUCCAGCAGCAUCAGCGGGGAUACGCCUAGGUAGAUUUAUUCGCUCUCUCGAAAAAUAUCAUAAACCUUCAGAUUUGUGUACAAAUGGUUUUUGUUUCUGCACAAAAUGAGCUACGUCCUGGGAAUCGCUGGAUAUAUUGCGAUGAUGUUCUCUCUUAUGGGCCUCAAUUUAAUAUUUGGCAUCAAACAAACAACUUCUAUGGACUUUGGUUAGUUUUUUUUGAAUACUUAUGAGAUUUUAAUAGACGAAGAUCAUAUUUGAUUUCAUAUAAACCUGAAAUAUCCGUUUUCUUUUCCUGAAAGUUUUACCUAUUUCCGCAAUUCAAAAAAGAAAAUUGAAAAAAAGUAUGAUUUAAGCCAUUAUAAUUUCAUGCUUGAAGAAAAAAGAAAUGCUUUCAGGAAUUCUUUUGCUUUUUUACGGAUUGUAUUACGGUGUUUUGGGAAGAGAUUUCGCACAUAUUUGUACGGAUCGCAUGGCUUGUAAGAUAGGGGUGAGAAUUUUCCAUGUUUGUUUCGUUUUAUCGGAGCAAUUUCAGUAUUAUACGGCUGAAGGACUGCCCAAAAAGCACCUGGAUGAAAAUGUGUGUGCGGUUUGUGAUAACCAGUUGGAAGGAAAAGCCAAGAAGGUGGUCAGUGCAAAUGAUGAAGACAGCGGAGACGAAAAGACAUACAAGUUAGUCUUCAGACUUACAUCCAAGUCAAAAAAUGUUCAGAUUGACCUGCGGUCAUACUUUCCACGAGUUUUGCAUACGUGGUUGGGUUGUUGUGGGAAAACUUCAGACUUGUCCUUAUUGCAAAGAAAAAGUCGACUUGCAGAAAAUGUUCAAAAAUCCGUCAGUUUCAGUCCUCACUGGAAUGUUUUCAAACUUCACAUUUCAGUUGGGAAAAGCCGCAUUUAUUUUACGGGAAGUUACUUGAUUGGAUACGGUACUUAGUCUGCUGGCAGCCUCUUAUCAUAACUUUUGUCCAAGGCCUUAACACUUGGCUCGGUUUGGAAUGAUUUAAUCCGGUUAAUAAAUUAUUUUCCUGCCAUUCAUUGUUUCUUUCGUGAUUGGAAAAAUGUCGUGUACAUUGAAAUAUUGCUCAUUUUCUUUUUCUGAAACCUUCUUAUACUCUCAACUGUUCAGGUCGCUCUCAGGUUCGAUUCGGAAGAAGUGAUGACAGACCUAUUAAAAAAGUUUGUUAUUAUUUGACUGGGACAAAUUUACCGAAAGAUUUAAGGAAGUAUGGUCUGAUAGUGAAGAAACCAAAGGAUGCGGAAGCUGAAAAAAAUUGAAGACCCAGUCGGCGGCGAUUUUCAACGACGAAGAUGAAGUAGAAUCAAAGGUUGGCCGAAUUUUUUUCGCUGAAAGAUUUUGGUCGCAAAAAAAGCGGACAGUUUUUUUGAAUUAUAAAUUAGAGAAAUAACGGAGAACAGUUUCAAGAAAAAAAUUAUUCAUUUUUAAUUUUUUUAAUAUUCUCUUUUAAUGGUUUUAAAGCAUUUUUUUCGAAGUGAGUUCCAAAAAGUAGAAAAGAAUUUAGAAAAAAACUCAAAAAAAUUAAGACGUUUUUUUCAACAAAAAUUCUAUUUCCUAUUACGGUUAAUUUUAUUAGUUUUGCACGAGAUCCAGUGUUUUCUUCCAGCCGACGGAAGUAAAUCCGGAGUCGGCGUCGCGAAUUCGAGUCCAAAAGCAGGCGGAGCGGCUACAUGAAAGAGCUUUGGCCGAAGAUCCGUCCAUUUUCGAUUACGACACCAAUUACGAUGAGAUUCAAGCGGUGAAGAAUGAAAAAGUAAGCAAUUUUCGUCGUUUUGUGGGUCCGUGGUUAAUCCAAGAUUUCAAUUAUGUCAUUUUUAGCAAGUUUUGCAAAAAUGAAAAGGCUGUUUUUUUCUUCAACUUUAAAAAUCUAACAAUUAUCGCUGUAAUUGAUUGAAAUCAGCUUUUUAAAAGACGUUCAGUGAAUAUCUCAACGCAAAAAGAGAUUUUUCCCUUAAAAAGACAAGAAAAAUUCCAGAAAGAAGAGCAGAAAAAGGCGGACAAAAAUCGCGAAUCGAAAUACGCGCUAGCCAUCAUAAAAGCACACAAAAGACGAGAAAUCGAAACUCAUAGCCGAGAAGAACGACAGCAACAGAAGGAAAGGCAGAAGGAAGGCGACAUGUUCGCCGACAAGGAGGUUUUUACUUUUUCUUAGCAAAAAUCUCACUUUUUCUGCUUUUUUUUCUGAUAAGAAAGAUUUCAGGUUUUUGUCACCGACGCAUAUCGGAAACAAAUGGAAGAAGUGCAGAAGUUCCGUCUGGAAGAAGCUAGUGAAGCUCAGUUUAACGGUUUGACUUUCAAAUUUCAAGUUCAAAUAUAAACCCACGAUUUCUCUCCAUUUUUUUGUCAGGCAUUAGUUUGAAAUUUAAAAGCUGUUAUUUAAAAAUUUAUGGAAAAAAAUGGGAGCUUCCCAUGAAAAAAACUAUUGCUGGAGGGAUUGAAAUUUUUUUCUCAUUAGUCAGUGAUCCAUAGAAAAAGAAGAAAAAAAAUGGAUUAAAACAGUUUUCCUGAAAUAAAAGUUAUUGUAUGGCUUUUGAAUUUCAAAUUUUUAUGUUUCAUUUUUUUCCCUCUAUAUGCACCUUCAUACGAACAGAUAUCAGGAUUUUAGUUUCCAAAUAUUUAUUCUUUUCAGAAAUGACGAGCGUUUCCAAACAAAAAAUGUGGGAGAUUGGAAUGGGAAGGACGUUAUUGAACGAUAUCGCGAGGUCUGGCGACUCUUCUAUUGCUCAGAAGAAAAAGAAGGAACGCCACGCUAGGGAACGGUAAAUAAUUCAAUUAUAAUGGAAGUAAUUUUUUUGAAAACUUUUUUUAGAUUGGAACAUUCUCCUUCGCCGACGAGAGAAGGCAAAGAAGAAAAGGAGAAGCCAAAAAAGUCGAUUUAUUCGGACGAAGAAGAAGAAACGCCGGCAGAAUCUUCGGCUCCCCAGAAGAACUUCGAGGGGGAACUGAAACCGGGAUUGAACGUUGUUCGUUAUUUUUCGAACAUUUUUUUUUUUUUGGAUUUUUCUUAUCUUUUUUUGAACGUAAAUUGAAGAUAAUUGAAAUAGAUAGGAGUGUUAAGAGUAAAAAAAAAGAAUAUCUCAAAAACAGCUAUUCUUUCGAAUGAAAAAAAAAGCAAAAAAAUGAUUUUACUAUAAAAUCGAAAGUCAACUAAUUUUUUUGAGUAAACUUUAUCUUUUUCAGAACAAUAUACAUUGAUUUGAUUUUUUUGAAAAAGUUACCUGCAUUUUCAGAAAAACAAAAUAAGGAAAUUACCCGCAGCAGAAUAAAUUACGAUUUAUUAAAUUCAAAAAUAAAAAAAGUUGUUUUUGCAGAGUUUUUCAUAUUCUAUUUAGAGGUUUCCUAUAGAUUUUUCUCACGUUUUUGGAGUUGUAGGUGACAAAAAAAGCAGCGACGAGGGCGGAAAAACUGCGGGAAAGGAAUUUCACGCCGACGCCGCCGGGAAGCGACGAAGAAGACGUCGCUCCGGAUCCGUCCAGAAGACGUCGUUCAUCAAGUUCGGAAAGAAAAAACGUCAAAGAAGAACCAGAAGGAGAAGAGGCGGAAGCAGCCGCGGCGGCUCGAACUUCUCGAAAAGUAGUAGAAAUCGAUUCCCCAGGAAAAAUAAUAUUUUUUGCAGUUUUCCAACAAGGCUGCUCUACGGUCGAAAGUAGUAGACAAGGAGGAAAGAUUGAGAGGUCUCAAAGAGAUUCUGAAACAGAGGAAUUCCGACGCCGACAUCGAAAUGUACAGGUGAGAUUUUCCGCGUCUUUCAUUUCAAAUCGUGUGGAUUGUUUCAGACAACGAUAUUUGGAGAGAAGGGAUUCCGGAUUUGUUGUUCCUCCCUUGUAA